GGAGAAGGAUGUGAAACCCAGGAUUUUCAGGUGACCCCUGGCCAAACAAGUCCAGAGUCCUUUAAACUUGGCGCGUGUGUUCUUUAACCCCAAAACCCCUCUCUAAAACCCUACAAAAACCCCUCGAACUUUUGAGCUCUGUUGUUUGAUGCAAGUUUCAGACAUGAGAGCUCUCAGAGCCAUCUACACCCACCAACGCCUCCUCAAACCCAAAUCCCUCCCAAACCCAUCUCUCAUUUCCUUCAAAGACUUCACCUUUUCCCGCCAUUUCCACUCCUCCACCCAACUCCACCGCCCCGAACCACCCAACUCCACCGCCGGCGAAGAGUCCCGCCCCUUGUGGUCCGUCCUCUCCCCCGCACGGAAAGCUUCGAUAAGAAGCGAUGGGGGAGAAUCAGGGAGCGAAGACGAGAUGGGUCAGUCGAGCUUGGUGAAUGGGGUGAGUGAGAUUGAGAAGGGUAAGGGUGAUAGGAGCGUUGGAAAGGUCAAAUCAGGAAGUGGGUCGGUUAGUGGUGGAUUGAAAAAUGGGAAGGGGAAGGUGAAGACGAGUUGGGUUUGCUCAGAUUGUGGGGAGACACAUGGGCAGUGGAUGGGGAAGUGCAGGAGUUGCUUCAAGUUCAACACUUUGAAGAGGUUUUCGGAGAGAAAUGAUGAUGGUAAGGUUAGUGGGAUUGGGGUUUCGGAGAAGGUGAGGUCUUGGUUGCCGAGAGGGGAGGCUCAGCCGGUGCGGUUGACUGAUGUGAACCGGGGGAUUAGUUGGAAGGAUCGGCGGAUUCCAUUGCAUGGAACCUUUGGAAGUGAAGUUGGGACGGUGCUUGGUGGUGGUAUUGUGCCAGGUUCAUUGAUUUUUAUUGGCGGUGAUCCUGGUGUUGGAAAGAGUACACUUGUAUUGCAGAUUGCUGCACUUAUAGCUGAAGGACAUGAGCUUGGUAAAGCAUCCAGCGUUGUAUAUGUCUCUGGUGAAGAGAGUAUUGAGCAAAUUGGGAGCAGAGCUGACCGUAUGGGGAUUGAAACAGACGAUCUUUUCUUGUACUCAAGUACUGAUAUUGAGGAUAUAAUCAGUAAAGUUCAGUCCAUAGCUCCUCAGGCUCUAAUUGUUGAUUCCAUUCAAACAGUUUACAUUGAAGGAGCGGCCGGAAGUGCUGGAGGCAUUGUUCAGGUGAAGGAAUGCACGUCAGCCUUGCUGGCUUUUGCGAAGAGGACUAAUAUCCCUGUUUUUUUGAUUGGGCAUGUAAACAAAUCUGGAGAGAUUGCUGGACCUCGUGUUUUGGAGCAUAUUGUUGAUGUUGUGUUAUACAUGGAAGGGGAGAAGCACUCAUCCUACCGUUUACUUCGAUCUGUGAAGAAUCGUUUUGGAUCCACUGAUGAGCUUGGAGUAUUUGAAAUGUCACAAUCAGGAUUAGAAGCUGUUUCAAAUCCCGGUGGGAUGUUUCUAGGAGAACAGUUAUCAGAUUCAGAGUUUUUGGCCGGUAUAGCUGUUGCUGUAGUAAUGGAUGGAUCUCGAAGUUUUCUCAUUGAGAUUCAGGCAUUAUGUGUAUCAGGUCAAGCAAUUUUACAGCAAGUUAAUGGAAUUCAAGCUAGUAGAGCUUCCAUGAUUAUUUCAGUGCUUGCGAAGCAAGCUGGUCUAAAGCUUCAAGAGAAUGCGAUCUUCUUGAAUGUUGUUAGUGGGGUAACACUGAAAGAAACUGCUGGUGAUCUUGCAAUAGCCGCAGCAAUUUGCAGCAGUUUCUUGGAGUCCCCUAUACCCAAUAGCACUGCAUUCAUUGGUGAAAUUGGACUAUGUGGUGAACUUCGCCCGGUUUCUGCUAUGGAUAAAAGGGUACAUACAUUGGCAAAACUGGGUUACAAGAUGUGCAUUGUACCAAAGUCAGCUGAAAAAUCGCUACGAGGAACUCCAGGUUUUGAGAAUAUCGAAAUCAUAGGCUGCAAGAAUCUGAAAGAGGUCAUCAACAAUGUGUUCAGAUCAAACUGAUAUGGAGCACACGAUUCGACUUUGUGCAUAAAUUGUAUGUAGUUUUGUGUCAAUUGUAGUUUGACCGGUGAUUGUAUAAAAAACGUAAGUAAA